GACAAAAGAAAUACCAUCAAUGGUUUUAACUUUUAAGAUUUAUUUUUAGUUUGCGACUCUUAAGUUCAAAUGGAUUACGAACUUAGUUCUAUUAUUAAACAAGAGAAACAGGGAAUUGUAGAAGAUCAAAAUGACAAUUACUUAAAACUAUGUUACGAUGUUAAAAUUAAAGUUGAAAAUGAGUCAAUAUUCAAUGAAUGGUGUUUGCAAAAUGCUUCGUCUACGAACUACUACGAAACUAUAAGUUACGAUAAAUUGAUAGAGGAAUGCAAAGAAUCUUGUUUAAUAUGCCAAGAAAACUUUAUGGAUAGCUUCUCUCUGUAUAAACACAAUCUCACACAUCUAAAUGUGCCUUUAAUACAACGUAAAUUAUUCAUGUGUGAUGCCUGCCCUGCCUUCUAUAAAAAGAAAAAUGACCUCCAAAAUCACAUUAUAUUAACUCACCAACCGAAACGGCAAUAUUAUGGUGAUGUACUAAUAACUAAAUCAUUACAUAAGUGUCAGAUAUGUGAAAAAACAUUUGCAUAUAAAAGUUGGUUUGAUCACAUAAAAAAUGUCCACGGACAGCUUAGAUUGAAAUGCGAGAAGUGUAAUUUAAUGUUUAAAUGUGAACGGUAUUUAAAAAGGCACAUAUUGUACACUCACGACGGUGUUAAACCUUCUUGGCGGUACCAUAAAGUGAAAUCAGCAAAUAUUCAAACUAAUGUUCAGUGUAAAAUAUGCCCCGCUACAUUCACAAAUAAAAAUUCCUUAACUACUCAUAUAAGAAAUUGUCAUAGUGACAAAAAAUUUCAAUGCAAAGUUUGCAAUUCUAUAUUAAGUAGUAAAUCCUAUUUGUUCACGCAUUUGAGACGAGUUCACUAUGACGAUGGGAAGUUGCAUUGUUGUGAUGUAUGUGGAAAGAUUUUUAAGUCACCGAGAUAUGUAAAAAUACAUAUUAAAAAUGCACACAGCUCUCAAAAGAAGUAUAAAAAUAAAACAUAUACAAAUAAAAUUAUGUCCAAAUAACCUUUGAACAUGUCUGUUUGUCUUGAGUCUGGGUGUAAUUAUCUAUAUAAGUAUGCAUUUGUGUGCAUGAACCUUUAUUAUUUAUUACUGGUCUAAGCUUAUAAUGUGAAAAAAAUACAUUAUCAGUCGCAUAAUUUCUCAAUUAGAACAUAAUAUGUAAAAUUAAAUAUAAACUGCUUAUUUCUCACUAGAUAUUCUACCAGUUAAAGUCGAGAAACUCAAUUUUAUUAUCGGUACAAGAUAUAUUCAUAUCGACCAUUAUAUUAUCAAUGCAGUUUGCAUUUUCUAUCUGAUUGAUUUCUAUGCAUAUAUGCCCAUUUUGAAUGGACGGUUCAUAGACUUUAAUUUAAUUAAAUUAUAAAGUUACAUCUUAAGCCGAUCAAUAUGCCCCAUAUUGAAUAGACAUAACAAUCUUUGUCCAUGACAUUUCUGGUUCUAUUUUUGAAAUGGUUAUUGUGUCAUUAUGUGGCUAAAAUCAAAUAACAACGAUAUUUUGAAUUGUCAACUCUAAAAGAAAAUAUUACAUAAUUUUUGUAAACAUACAUAUGUAGACGUGGAUCAACAUGUCUGAAAUGUUUUCUUACAUAUAAACAAAAAAGUUAUAUAC